AAUUAAGAGAGGGGAGGGGUCAGUCGGUCAGUCACGGUGCAUGGUCACUCUCUCUGCACGUUCUCUUGCCCGUCCCUUCCUUCACUCUCUCUCUCUAUUAAAGAGUGGAAGACGAGAGAGAGAGAGAGAGUCUCUGUGUGUAUUUGCAUCAUUGCAUGAGAGAUAUGGAUGUGUACGGAUUAUCGUCGCCGGAGCUGAUUCGGAUCGACGACCUUCUCGACUUCUCCAACGUCAACGACGACAUCUUCUCCUCCGCCUCCUCCUCCACCGCCGCCGCCUCAUCCGCCUCUUCAUCCUCCUUUCAUCUUCCCCAGAAUUCCUUCCCCUCCUCCUCCUCUUCUUCCCCUUUCCUCACCGAUUUCACCCACGAUCUCUGCGUUCCGAGUGACGAUGCAGCUCAGCUGGAAUGGCUGUCGCAGUUCGUGGACGACUCAUUCUCCGAUUUUCCGGAGAACCCAUUGGGUGGAACCAUGAUUAACGUCAGGCCCGACACGUCGUUUACCGGCAGGCCACGGAGCAAGCGAUCUAGAGCCCCGGCGGCAACCCCCGCCGGGACAUGGUCACCGAUGCCGGAUCCCGACGGUCAUGCCGCCGCUGGGAGGGCUAAGCCGAAGAAAGAAGGCGGAGGAAGGCAUAAAGAAGGCGGAGGAAGGCAUGUCGCCGCCGCCAGAGGAGUGACGGCGGAGGGAGGGGUCCGGCGGUGCACGCAUUGCGCGUCGGAGAAGACGCCGCAGUGGAGGACGGGCCCGCUCGGUCCCAAGACGCUGUGCAACGCUUGUGGGGUCCGGUUCAAGUCAGGUCGGCUGGUGCCGGAGUACAGACCGGCGGCGAGUCCGACGUUCCUGCACUCUCACCGGAAAGUGAUGGAGCUCCGGCGACAGAAGGAGCUCAUAAGACAACAACAACAGCUUCAACUUCACCAGCAGCUGCAACAACAACCGCCGUUUCAGCCGCAGUAGCUGUGACUGCGUUUGGCGUUUUUAUCGCUAAAUUGAUGGCGUGUCACGUUCAGAGCUGCGAUGAUCACGUGACGUGACGGAGGGGGCAGUGCUCAAAAUCGUAAACUCGGGCUAAUCUCCCCCUCGUUAAUUAAAAAAUUGAUUUUUUUUUGUUUCGCUUUUUCUCUUACGUUAUAUCAUCCUUUUAACCUAAUGAUAAAAUUUAAUUAAGAAAAAAGGGCACAUUUAAAUUUCCUUUCACUUUCACCAAGCUGCGUCAGUCAUUGAAGUCUCAACUACCACCGUGCCAAUGGGCAAUGGCAUGUACGUUUCCUUUUGGUAGUGUGAGAGAUCGUGUUGAGCCAUCCUCAUGUUAUAAUAAUUUAAAUCGACGCCUUUUCAUAUU